AGGUUAUGUUUUAUUUGAGAUACCAUCAAAUUUAAUAUUAUUUAAAGUUAGACCUUCGAUAUGGAUCCCAUCAACUAUGGUUGCCUGGGGAAUAACGAUGACUCUUAUGGCUUUAGUAAAAUCAUUUUAUUCUCUUAUGGUCGCACGCUUUAUUCUAGGAGUUUUUGAAGCAGGUUUAGUUCCUGGCGUGGUAUAUUAUAUUACUUUAUGGUAUAAAAGAUACGAACAAAGUUUUAGAAUGGGAAUAAUUUUAUCUGGUGCUCCAAUUGCUGGAGCUUUUAGUGGUUUAUUAACUUAUGCAAUUGUAAGCAUAAAUGGGGAAAACUCUAUAUUGAAAGGAUGGCAAUUGGUAUUUACUAUUUUAGUUGCUAUUGUUUCAUAUUUCAUUAUCGCUGAUUAUCCAGAAGAAGCAAAAUGGCUCAGCAAAGAAGAACAGGAACUGGCUGUUUCAAGGUUGAAAAAAGAUGUUGGCGAUAUAGAUGAUAUUAAAAUUAGGGAACAUUCGUUUGAAAAAGUUUAUAUCAUAGAGUGUUUGAAAGAUUGGGAAUUAAUACUUCAGUUUAUUCAUUUGCAUUUUAUAUUCCUACAAUCGUCAAUGGACUCGGUUUCAAUGAAGGCAGGCAAUAAAAAAUAUUUAUUUAUAUCUCAAUUAUUGGUGGCUCCGCCGUUUUUGGUUGGUGGUAUUACGGCAAUAAUUGUAUCAAGCAUAUCAGAUCGAAUGAAAUUUCGUGGUCCUUUUCUAAUAGCGCUUUCUUCAAUUGGAAUCGUGGGAUACAUAGCUGUCUUGUAUUCUGCUGAACGUAACGUAGGUAUUGCGAUGAUGCUAAGUAUUGGUAACGCUGGAGGUAUAAUUGCAGCUCAGAUAUAUCGUUCCGUAGAUUACCCUCAUUACGUCCCUGGUCAUAUUAUUGCAUCUAGCUUCUUAUUGAUGUCUAUUUGUUUGAGUAUAAUCCAAUAUGGAACUUUAAUCCGUCUUAAUGAGUUGAAGAAAAAGGAAAGAAUUAAAAUUAAAAGUUUAGGUGACGAAAAGAUUAGUGAUGAAUGGAAAUUAGGUGAUAGACAUUAUGGAUUCAUCUAUAGUUUAUAA